UGGUCAGGGGGAAGCAAUGACGACCAGAAUUACCUACUACUACAUAUUCACCAAUAUUAUCCUUCAAUGUUCAAUUCCUUUCCAGCAGCUUCAACAGUCUGUAAUCAUUGGAUGUCAUAUUCAAUUUGUUCGAGCUGGAAAUACGGACAUACACAGUACAGGCUUCUGAUCUCACCCUCCUUCCCAAUUGGACAUCUUCGUCAUCAUUGAUUGCAAUCCCUUGUUCCCACAAUCGCUGCACACGUGCCUUUUGUACAUGGCGGGAUAAAAGUCAUUCUUGUCUCCAGUUCCUUUCGACUUCGUUCUUUGGCCCUUCUUCUGCCUCGUCUUUGUGUUUCGGCACGCCAACAUGCACAGAGUUGGGAAAUGGCUCGGUGGAGGUCGGUCAAACGCCAACGCUUCGACCAGAAGUCUGGAUUCUCUGGAAGAAUCCCAAAAUCUGGAAACAGCACUCCGGGCCGUCGAAUUGGUCUUGAACGAUGACAUUGCUGGUGCUGAAAAGGGUCUGGCGGACGGGAACUCGCCCUUCCACAAGCUUUCCAAAGGCACUCUUGCCUUUGUGAAAGCUGCACUAGGUGUCGAGCAAGAUGUCAUGAAAGAGGCCUCCGAGACCUUGGCGGAGGCCGAGGCCAGUGCCUAUUCCAGCUAUCAACGGGCUCAGUACGAUACUCGUGUCUUCAACUCGAACAUCUAUGAAAAGGGCUCGGAGUUUGCUUUGUGCCAGGCCGAGGCACAAAUGAUGUCAGCCGUCGUCGGUGUGCUCAACGAGAGUCUGACAGAAUCUAUCAAAGGAUUUUACAAGCUCAGAAAAGCUUACAUGACGCUCGAGAGCCUGGUACAGAUGGAAGCCACCUAUAUGAAGGCUCGUGGUGUGAAAAGCUUGGCCGGGUCAAGAGCAGAGUCAACGACUAGUCUACAAUCGGUCCCUUCUGUACGAUCGAGUCAGUUAAACCUGCUCAACAACGAUCCCGCAUCCGGAAGCAUAGCUCGAGAUCUGUCGGCUAAGCCAGCUCAUCCUUCGGCACUUCGCACAGCUGCAGCUAUCGACUCAGGUUCGGAGGACGACUCGGAAGAUGAAUUUCACGAUGCGGAGGUCAUCCACGAGAAGAAUUCGGUGACAGAAGGAUAUACUGGCCAUGUGGGGAGGGACGAAACGGUCGAUGAAAUGACUGAUCUCGACCGGAAAAUCGAGCAGAUGAAUGUUUCACACCACACUGAUCAACUACAUACCGAGGGUGUGGUGAUGCCCACCCCAGCAACGACUCCGGCAACGCUCAGCCAGGACACCGACCCAGAAAUCUUUUCCAAUUCUCUUGACGUGUUUAUUCAUUCAGGUACCAAUCUCAUGUUCGGCAUGUUAUCGCUCAUGAUAUCUAUCAUACCGCCAGCUUUCAGCAAACUAUUGUCUAUAAUCGGGUUCCGGGGCGACCGCGUACGUGGAAUUAAAAUGCUGUGGCAAGCCAGCAAGUUCAAAAAUAUCAACGGGGGAAUGGCCAGCCUGAUUCUGUUCGGAUGGUACAAUGGAUUGAUAGGCUUCUGUGACAUAAUUUCAGAUGCGAAUCCUGUGGAUCCAGACCAUAUCGAAGGCUAUCCUGCGCACCGUCUCCAAGGUCUCCUGGCACAAAUGCGCUCAAGCUACCCCGAGAGCCGCCUGUGGCUGGUCGAAGAAGCGAGAAUGCGCGCCUCAGAAAGACGGUUGGACGAAGCCCUUGAGAUACUCGCGCGAACAGGAAAGAGCCAGCUCAGACAGAUUCAGGCUCUGCACAUGUUCGAAAAGAGCCUCUGUGCGAUGAAUGCUCACAGAUACCAGCUCUGUGCGACGUCGUUCAUUGCCUGUGUCGACCUCAAUGCCUGGUCUCGUGGUCUGUACUAUUACAUCGCCGCUUCAGCACAUCUUAGUCUUUACCGCCAUGACAAGAGCCUGACAAAAGACGAAGCACAGAAGCAUGCUCAAGCAGCCGAGGAGUACUUCAGGAUUGCACCGACCAAAGUUGGGAAGAAGAAGAUGAUGGGUCGACAACUGCCAUUUGAUGGCUUUGUUGUCCGCAAAAUUGCCAAGUGGGACGACAGAGCUACGAGAUUCAACUGUAGCUUCAUCGACGCCAUCGGUGUCAGCCCACUGGAAGAAAUGAUCCUGUUGUGGAAUGGAUAUAAAAAGAUGGAUGAAACUCGACUGCAGGAGUCCUUGAAUAUUCUUGACUGGUCAGAGGCAUCGCCGCGAUGGAAAGAUGAGGACGUGGAUGAGCAGGCCAAUCUUGCUUUGUUAAGAGGCGUCAUUUUCAGGCACCUGGGCCGCUAUGAAGAGUCCAAGGAGAUCCUGCAAAGACAAGUCUUAGCGCGCAACCCGGUUGACUUGAAAGGCCAGAAUAAAGAUGACUGGGUCGCUCCCACAGGGCACCACGAAAUGGCCGUCAACUUCUGGAUGCAGCGGACCGGAUAUGCGUCAAACCACGAAGUCAAGACCACGAGCAACCAGCACAGCAAGGCCGCUACAGUUGACCUGACUCAGGACGCCAAGCUUGUGCAAGAUUGCAAAUCCCAUCUGGAGAAAGCCAAGAAUUGGGAAAAGUACGAACUCGAUGCACGUUUAGGUUUGAAGAUCACGGCUGCUCUUGGAGCCGUCAGAGGUUGGGAGCAGAAGCAUGGUACUGUUGCAAGAUGAGUCACAAAGAGAAAUGUUUCCCACCUCGAGCGGCGCGCCAGCCAUCAUUUCAUCGGGGGAAUGCUCCUUCCCGCGUCGUGAUCUGAAGGCGGAUUUCAAUAUCAGGAAUAAAAACAGCCUGAAGAUGCUCGACCUCGGUGUAUUUUGUUCUUUGUUUGCACGCUCGAGCCGGUAGCCGUUGUGGACGUGAAGCCUAUUACGCUCUAUGUCUACCGAAAUGGCCCUACCGAGUCUGCUUUCGAGCAGCGA